UUUCUUACCAAUCAAGCCCCUUUUUCAAAGUGCAUAUCUAUACGCUAAAUUGAUGCCGUCUUUUCUCACAUACUUUUCUCUUUCUAACCCUUUGGAGGAGGAGGGAGCCGGACCCCUUUUUCAAACUCAUACAUAACCCCAUUUCCACUCUCUGCUUUAUGGGUUGGCCUACUUCUUAAUCCCUCAUUGACUCAUUUCCUGUAUACAAUUCAGGGGUAAAGGGGGGGGGAAGCAGCUGCCAAGAUUUCUUAGGAGAGCUUGCUGGGAGGAUCGCUAACAUGAGCUAUGGUGAGGGUAUAUCUUACGCAGUUGUUAUGGCUCUCCUUUCGACAUCCACCGUUAUCCUCGGUGUCCUCCUUUUCAUCCUUUGCAGGAAGAAACCGGUGGAGUCUGAAGAAACUCUUCCUAUCAAGCUUUGUGCACAAGCGUGUCCUUUAACUGAUAUCGAUGCUGCUACUGAUUGCUUUAACCAUCGUAGAAUUAUUGGUAAGGGUCGUCUGGGAACUGUAUAUGCAGCUCUGUCAGGAAGAGGGGAAUUGGUUGCUGUGAAGAGAAUCCAUCCGGGGCUUGUUUUGAGCAAUGCCUGUUUUGGGUUUUCGUCCAUACUUAGGUCACUCUCUUUGGCUCAACAUCCCAACAUAGUAUCCAUUGUAGGGUUCUCAGAAGGCCCGGGGGAGAGAAUUAUUGUAAUGGAGUUUGCUGGAAUGGUGAGUUUGGACUUCUAUUUGCAGCAGAACUCUGAUGGGGCGUCUCUUUUGGAUUGGGGCAGGCGUUUGAGGAUUGCAGCAGGGGCAGCUAGAGGGCUUGAGUAUUUGCAUGAAGGGAUGACACCCCAUAUUGUGCAUGGCUGCAUCAAAGCUUCAAAUAUCAUAAUAGAUGUGAAGUUUUGUGCCAGAGUUUGUGAUUAUGGGCUUUCUUUCUUGGCACCCCAUGAGAAGAGAGGCCUUGUGGGGUAUGUGGAUGAUGAGUAUUGGGCUGAGAGAGGGGGCGCUUCCAAGGAAAGUGAUGUAUACGGAUUUGGAGUGAUGUUGUUGGAGCUUUUGAGUGGGAGAAGAAGUGAUGAAGGGUUACUUGUUGAGUGGGCAUUGCCUUUGAUUAAGGAAAUGAAUAUCAGUGAGCUUUUGGAUCCUAGACUUGUGAUCCCAUCUGAUAUGAAGCAUCUUAUCAGACUGGCUAAAGUUGCCUCAGCAUGUGUGGGCAAUUCGAGGAAGAACAGACCUUCAAUCGCUCAAGUGGUGGCCAUUUUGAGCAGUCUGGAGAUGGAGGUAUGUCUUUGAUUCUUCUUGGGUCUCUCACAAAUUAGCCAGCUGGCAACAAUUUUGAAGUACUACCUGAAGAUGGAAAUUUUGACACCCCAUUUACGGGCCCCUAGAAGCAAGCACUAUAUCCCAAGUACAUUUGGUGACUCUGAUGAAAAAUCCUCUGGACCCAGAUGAUGAAGCUGGAAACAAACUAUGAUGAGUCGAGUUUCGCUUUAAUUAGCUAUAAUAAUAUAGUAGAGACUCAUGUUGGGUGGGGAGGUGAUUGUGGUGGGGUUGAUGUUAAGACCUUCGCCGUAAGUGGGGGAAUGUUGAAAUAGAAAGGUAGGACGGUGCCUUUAUAUUUCGGGCGGUGAAUUUAUUCUUUGUUUCCGUGUAGAAUUGAGGAUCUUUUUGGGCACCAAGAGGACCCCCACCUCCCAAUGCCCCAUUCCAUCAACUCCCCUAUUCGCCCUAGUCUUUUGUGCUUGUCAUUGCUUCAUCAUUCGACUCUACUGUUACCCUUGUAAAUCUUUGUAUUAUUAAAUAUAUAUGAAUAGUUGUUAAAAAAUCUUUAUCAUA